UCCACAAUUAAAUUAUAUUUUUGGUAUUACAAUUUAAAUAAAAUCGCAAUGAAAUUUUUUGGACAAAUAUUUUUUUUAAUAUUUGCAUUACAAAUAUUUAAUCAUCAAACUGUUGCAAAAGGAUAUAAUUAUGAAGAGAAUUGUGAAAAUGAUAUUUGUCAAAGUUUACAGUUAACAGAAAAUGACACAUUACGUCAUCAUAAUCGUGAAGAAAAAAUCAUAACAGAAAGUUUAUCAUUUAAACGUUCUUCAAUUCCAAUAAUAAAUUCAAAAUUAUUUCGUCAUUUUUCAAAUUUACGAGAAUUAGAUUUACGUGAUACAAAAAUUGAAAAAUUUAAACCAGAUAGUUUUAAAAAUUUAAUAAAUCUUCAAAUUUUAGUUUUAUCUCAAAAUUAUUUAAUAAAUUUACCAGAAAAUGGAUUUUACAAUAAUAAAAAUUUACAAUUUCUUUGGCUAGAUUUUAAUAAUAUUGAAUACAUUGAGCCGGGAAGUUUUAAAAAUUUAAAUAAAUUACAAUAUUUAUCAUUGGAAGGUAAUCAAAUCACUGAACUACCAAAUAAUAUAUUUGAUGAUUUAACAUCAUUAUAUGGAUUAUAUUUGCAAAGUAAUAAACUCGAAAUAUUGGAUGAUGAUUUAUUUAAAAAUUGUAAUAAUUUAAAUAAUGUUCACAUUGAAGAUAAUAAUUUAAAAAUAAUUUCAAAUAAUAUUUUUGCGGGCAAAAUUUUAGAAUAUAUAGACAUCUCAUUUAAUCAAAUCGAAGAUUUCAAAUUAAUAUUUGAAUCGAUUGGAACAUUAAAAGCUGAACACGCUUUCAAAUCUGGUGAAGUUGAAAUCUAUGGAGAUGUUAAUCAUUUAGAUUUCUCAAAUAAUGAUAAUAUUGUUGGAAUUAAUAUUGAAAAUAUAACAAUGUUAGAAAACUUUCUAUGGAGUGGUAAAAAUGCAAUCAAAUUGGAUUUUUUAAAAGAUGCAAGCAAUUUAAAACAGCUAUCAUUUAGUUCACCAUCAAUAAGUGUACUACCAUCAACAUUCUUUUCAACAAUGACAGAAUUAAUAUUUUUAAAUAUUAGUGGUUGUCAAUUAUCGUAUAUACAUCCAAAUAGCUUUAAUUAUCUCGAUAAUGUAGAAGCACUUGAUUUAUCAAAUAAUAAAUUAAAUGAAUUAGAUAUUCAUUUAUUCUUACCGAUGACAAAAUUAAAACAUUUAAUUAUUAGAGGUAAUAAAUUUUUAUGUUCGAAAAUUUCAUCUGGUAUACGUGAUUAUUUUGAACAAAAUUCGAUAUUUGUUGAAUCCGAUCCAUUACCAUUAAAUCAAUUAAAGGAUCCAUUAAAUAUAUUUGAAGGGAUUUUAUGUUAUAAUUAUAAAGAUGAAAUUCAAAAUGAUGAAAGCCAAACGGAUAUUUCGGAUAAUGAAUCCGAAAUAACAAAUAAAUUUAAAGCUGAAAUUUCUGAAUUACGACAACAUUUACAAAUUAUUGUACAACAUUUUGAAGGAAAAUUCAAUAGAAUUCAAAAAGAAAUAGAUGAAAUCAAGAGGCGAAAUGAUAUUAUUAAUAAUGUUAAUGAUAAAUUUUGGAAUCAAAUUUCAGUUAGUACCCCAUAAGAAUAUUUGUGAUGUGCCGUUUUUAUUUUUGUUUUUAGUUUACUUAGUAAUUAAUAUAAUAUUUUAUAAUCAUAAUGUAAAACGUGAAAUAUAUAUGCA